CACAAAUGUAAGUAAUGAAUGCGCGUGUCGGUGGGUUGGGCUGUGUGGGUGUGGUAAUGUGGGCUGGUGUGGCUACAGUGCCGCAGGGCUGAAUUUUUGUCCCAGUCCGUCCCUGAACUAGACAAUCCAAAAGAGCCAUACUCUAAAAAAUGCUGGGUUGGGUCAAAAAGGGACGAACCCAACCCGCUGGGUUGUAAAUUAACCUAUGCUGGGUUGUUUCAACCCAGAAUGCUGGGUUAUUUUACCCCAUUGUAGGGUCAAAUAUAAACCAUUUGCUGUUAAUUUAACCCAAUGGUUGGGUUCGUCCCUUUUUGACACCAUGCUGGCUUGAAAAUAAAACCCUAAUGCUUCAUGACAAAAUUCCCUACUUUCAUCUAUGGGAGGAGACCCUUUCAUAUAGGACACAGGUCCACAAUCAAAGGUUUAUCAAAUCUUUGCAAUGAUUUCACUGGCCUGGUACCUCUAUUGGUACACCUCUGGGAUGAACGGGAACAUUCUGCCAGGCCUCAUCACCAAACCUAACUGAUAGCUUUAAUUUCAUUAACACGACAACAUUAUUAUUUUUACCUUUGCUCCUGUUAUAGCCUUUAAGUAUGCUGAUCAUUUAUUUUGAAAUGAAAAAUGACUUGUCGUUUCUUAGGACCCCAUAAAGUAGAGGGAAAAGUGAUGUCUAACAUAGAAAAAUAAGACUUCACCCUUAUGUGAAAAUAUGUUACUAAAGCUAAAUUAAAUAUUUUAUAUUUUGAGUAUUUGUGUUUGGAGUGUAAAGUGAAGCUUUAAGAAAAACAGGAGAGAAUCAACAAAACAUUCAUAAAAGACAAAACUGAACAGCAAUUCAAUGUAAGGGGACCCGCGUUAUGUGUACAUAGAAAUAGUUCAUUCUAGGAUAAUAAAAACAUUUUACAUUUAAUCAUUUAGCAGACACUUUUAUCCUAAGAGACUUACAAAUGAGAAAUACAUAAAGCUUCAUUUUUGUAAUCUCCAAUCAGGCUUUCUCAUCACACCUCCACCAGAACUCCGCACACGGCCCGCAUUAUCUUUAAAUACGGCCCCGCAGGACCAUAUCAGUAUGAUCGCUGAAAAAUGAAAAGACUGCUGUUAAUUCUCCAACCAGGAGAGGGCGCUUGUUUCUGCCGGUCACUAAUUAACCGUAGUAGGAGAUGUGCGCUAUUGAGAACGUUCACCAAAAUGAGUAAAAAGAAAAGAAAAAUUGACAGUGAAAACCGUGCUUUCCAGGCAAGAUGGGAAACAGAUUAUCUUUUUACCGAGUUUAAGGGGGAACCCAUGUGUUUGGUGUGCUUGGAAACGAAAUCGGUUAUGAAGGAUUUCAAUUUAAAUCGGCAUUACGCAACUGCUCACAAAGAAAAAUACGAAAGAUACACCGGUGAUGCAAGAACUGCUCUCAUUUCAGAUUUAAAAGGUAAAAUACAUCGUCAGCAAAACCUUUUCACUAAAUGCAUGACGGUUCAAGAAUCAUCAUUGAAGGCAUCUUAUGCGGUUUCACUCGUGCUUGCGAAAGCGAAAAAGUCGUUAUCAGAGUGCGAAACUGUAAAACAGUGCGCGAUUGAGAUGGCCAAAGCAUUUGGAGACGAGAAAAUGGCCAAGAACUUUGAAUCGGUGUCUUUGUCCCGCCGAACGGUAACACGACGAAUUUCUGACAUACAGUGUCAAAUCCAAGAAAAGCUAAAACAGGAAAUAGAAAAUUGCAAAUACUUUUCCCUCGCGCUGGAUGAAAGCACGGAUGUGACGGAUGUCAGUCAGCUCCUAAUCUUUGCAAGAACGAUCACCGAAAAAUUUGAUGUACACGAGGAGCUGUUAAAGUUGGUAUCAUUACAUGGCACUACAAAGGGAGAGGAUAUUUUUAAAUCUGUUGAAAUUGCGGUGAAUGAGCAUGGAGGCUUUGCUAAACUAUCUGCUGUUGUUACUGAUGGAGCACCAGCAAUGCAAGGAAAAAAGUCCGGAUUCGCUGGGUUACUUAAGAAAAAUGGUGUUAACUGUCCUGUACUGCACUGCAUAAUACACCAGGAGGCCCUGUGUGCGAAGAUUCUUGACUUCAGUCACGUCAUGAAUGUAGUGACAAAAGUCACUAAUCUUAUUCGAGGUGGAAACAGGGCACUCAAUCACAGGAAGUUUACGGCCUUUUUGGAUGAAGUCAGUGCUACUUAUGGGGAUUUACUGAUGCACACAGACAUCAGAUGGAUGAGUCGUGGAAAGUGUCUGGAAAGAUUCUUUGCGCUGCGGACCGAAGUCCCUGUGUUUCUGGAGGACAGUAUCAAAUCGGACACUAGCGCUUACUGCAGCAAUCUACGGGAUCCAGAAUUUCUUUGCGAUCUCGCGUUCCUCACAGAUAUGACUGCGCAUCUGAAUAAUCUGAACACACAGUUACAAGGACGGUCUCAGGCUGUUUCAGAUCUCUACGGUCAUUUGACUGCUUUCAAGCGUAAACUCAUCCUUUUUCACGACGGAUUUUCGUCUGAUCCGGUAAAUUUGACACACUUUUCUGCCUGCGAGGAGAUGCGCAAAGAUACUCCCGAAUGCGAGAUGUUUUUUGCAAAGUACAAAAAAGACAUCGAAAGUCUACAAGAGCAAUUCAGAAUUCGCUUCCAGGACUUUCACGCCAUGCAGCAUCGCAUAGACCUCUUCGCAGACCCUCUGAACGCAGCUGUCAGUGAGCAGCCUGGUGAGAUGCAGCUAGAACUCUGCGAACUUCAGUCCGACCCCUUCUUCCAGGCAAGGCGCAAUGAAAGAGGACUUGAAUUUUGGAAACUGCUACCUGAGUCCCGUUUCCCCCUCCUCAGAGAUUUUGCACUGUUUAUGCUCAGUAUGUUUGGCAGCACUUACAUCUGUGAAAGUAGUUUCUCAACAAUGAAGCACAUUAAAUCAAAAGACAGAAACAGACUGACAGAUGACCAUCUCUUUCAGCUACUGCAGGUUGGCUGUACAAACUUUCAGAUUGACAUUGAUUCAAUUGUGCACCAGCAGGAGAAGCCACAGGUAUCUCAUUAAGACUAUUUGGCAUUAGGAAUGUUGUCAUGAAAUGAUCUAUAAAUUAAUGUGUUUGGAGAAAUGUAUGCACUGAAUUGUUUUUAUAUUCAGUAUUUUAUUACUAUUUUAAUUUAUUUUUAUAGGGAUUUAAU